AUGCAGGAUGGCGCAUGCGCGGAGAGUCGGUGCUUGCACGUCCUCCUAAGGGAGCUGCGGGCUCCGUGUCCGUGACUUCUCUUUCUGUGCUUCUUGUAGGGGCUGAGUGACGGUCUGCGCCUACUCGCCCUCCUAACGAUGCAUCCCGACUUGUCUCCACACUUACACACCGAAGAAUGCAACAUCCUGAUUAACUUGCUAAAGGAAUGUCACAAAAAUCACAACAUUCUGAAGUUUUUUGGUCAUUGCAACGACCUCGAUCGGGAAAUGAGGAAGUGCUUGAAGAAUGAGUACUCAGAGAGGAGGACCAGGAGCAGGGAGCACGGUGCCGCCAUGCGACGGAGGCUUUCUGAUCCUCCAGAGGAAGUUGGGAGAUAGGCUUACUGGGGCCUCGGCUGGGAGACCUGAAGGUGGCUGGUGGCCGAAGAAUAUCCUUUCUUUUUGGGCUCUAGGACUCUUUGUAUGAAAAGUGCCCUGAAGAACGGAACCAUAGAGAAUCAGGAGAAUGGCUUCUCAGUACCUGCUGAACUUGAGUGCCAUGCGCUGUGCCAGGGAGAGUUUCCUCUGCUGCUGCCCUGAAUCUGCAUCCACCCAGUCCUGACUCGCCUCCUGCAAUAAAGUCACUGGACAGCGUGGGCCUCCCUUUCUUUAACCUCCUCAGGGCUGGAGCGGAAGUGACGCCUGUAGGUUCCUCUGUCUGAGAACAUGGUGGUUGAAGGUUAUGCAGUGAAGACACAAACUAACAUGGGAAUUCCAGGGACAUUCCAGCAGAGUCAACUAUACCAAAGUUCCCUAUUUUAUUGUUUUAAAGAGCCACUUUCUGAAAGGUCAGAUAUUGUUAGUUAGCUUUCAAAUUCUGGAUGGAAAUUAUUUGAAAAAAAAAAAAACUCAACAAACCUGUAGUGACCACGUACGUGUUCCUUACCAUUCUUUAAAUAACACAGCACAGCUAUCACUUUACAGUCCAUCUAUUAGGCAUUAACUAAGCUAGAGCUAGUGUGGCCAUGGGUGGAAGUGUGUAGGUUUUAUGCAGAUACUUUGCUUUUAAGAUUUGAGGAGAGAGGGUUCAAGAAGCAGCACUGCCUGACCCUCUGGAGUGAUGACUAAUGAUGUAGGUAAGAUCGCAUCCAGCUAGGGCCCCAUCGUUUGGUUAAAUACCACAGGUACCAGUUAACUCCUGGGCUCUAACCUAGAGGUACACACACACACACACACACACACACACACACACACCAUCCCCACCUCACAAAUACUACUCCCCAUGGUUUCUGAGACCUGUGACAGUUAGAAACCCAGCAGCUUCAGCCGGAGCCACAUCAGGGUGUCUCGGGCCUUCUCAGGAGCCGCAAGACAGACGAAGCUAUAAGCUUCUCGUAGUGUUUGGUGUAUAUAAUGUAUGUAUGAGACCCCAUUGGUGUUUAAUAAAUGAUUUUCCUAUUGCA